AUGCAGUCUACCUCACCAAGCAAGGAUGACACUAACUCGCCCCAUCGCCCAACAACUGCAUUGUCGAGUUUCCUAGCAACACCCGCACCGAGCUCACGGUCGGCAACGCCUCAUCCAGACUCGGAGCAUCAAUACCUCUGGCGCUGUUUCCCUAACCACACAUGGUCACAGCGCCUGCGCGAUACGUCAUCUUGGGUAUGGGAUUUUGGGUACGAUGUACAGAAUUUUGACGGCAACCGCCGAUGGGUCUGCAAACGCUGUAUCCGAAUCAAGAGCCCACGGCCAAGGAGUUUCGCAGAGAAGGGCAUCCAGAACGCAAAUGCUCAUUUAUUCAGAGAUCAUGGCAUAUGUGCCCCCGACGACGGAACAAAAUCGUCAGCUCAGAAGAGAGCAGAAAAGGUGAAGGCCAAAGACCAAAGAUCCAUUGUUGACGUGAUGAAACUCGACACGCGGCUUCCACGAGAGCAAGAUAUUGCAAACCAUCUUGUUCAGGGGUUUGAUCGGAAACACUUCCAGCGUCUGGUGCUGGAAUGGAUCGUCGAAGAGAACCACUCCUUUCGUGUGUGCGAACAGGGGAGGCUGCGUACAAUAUUCGAAUACCUCAACCCUCUCGUUAAGAUCACCGACGCCAACAUUAGCCGAACGACUAUUCGACAUAAGGUUCUUGCAUCCUACGAAGCACACAAGGACAAGGUGGCCGCGGUGUUGCAAAAGUCGCCCGGGUUGAUUCACAUCUCUUUUGACGGAUGGAGGUCGGGGAACAGGCAUAGCCUCUACGGUGUAACGUGCUUCUUUCGGGAUGGGAACAGCAAGCCGUGCAAGCUGGUGCUUGGUGUUCCCGAAUUGCGAACUCGCCACUUUGGGCACGAUAUUGCUGCGGAAAUCCUAGACACCCUUGCUGCCUAUGGGAUUCAGGAUAAGAUUGGAUACUUUACCUUGGACAACGCGGAGAGCAAUGACGCCGCGAUGGAAGUCAUUGGGGGUGAGCUUGGAUUUGUUGGAUCUACAAGGCGUGGCCGCUGCUUUGGCCAUAGUCUAAACCUCUCCGCCAAAGCACUUCUUUUCGGGCACAAUGCUGCGGCUUUUGAGGAGCAGCUGUCAGGUGCAGCACCAUUGUCCGAGGCCGAGCACACGCUUUGGCGGCGUAAGGGGCCUGUGGGAAAGCUACAUAACCUUGUGGUGGACGUCAGAAGAUCGGACCAGCUUACUUACCUGCUACGAAGUAUACAACGCUCCGAAUUCGACAUGUCCUCCGAUCCAAAGAUACAAGCCAGCACGCCUCUCGAUCUGAUCAUCGACAAUGACACCCGUUGGCUCUCCCAGCUGUAUAUGAUCCGGCGCGCCCUUACUCUUCGACCGUUUCUCGAGCAGCUCAUUCUGAAACAUCGCCAACAAUGGGAGCAGGAGAAUAGGUCAAAGAGAACGGGCGGUAUUAGAAAGUCAGCUAAGGAGCCUCGGAUUUGCAUGGAGGUAAACCAAUUGACGAGCAACGACUGGGUAGUCCUGGAGCAUCUUGCCAAACUGCUUGGUUUCUACGAAGAUGCUGUCAGGACUCUAGAGGGCGAUGGCCAACUGCGCAAGCGAAAACGAGGAUGGGUUGGCUCGUACGGAAAUGUGUGGGAGGUCAUUCAGGGGUUCGAGUUUCUUCUAGAAGCCCUCGAGGGUUAUAAGCAGCUCGCAUGCGGAAUACCCGACCCUGAGCACUUUAGGAUUAAUGUUAAUUUGGGCUGGGAAAAGCUCAACAAGUACUACCGUUUGCUGGAUGAUACGCCGAUCUACUGCACGGCCUUGGCGUUGCACCCGGCCUUUCGAUGGGGGUAUUUCGAGACUGAGUGGCAAGAUCGUCCGGAUUGGGUGAAAAAGGCCAAGCAAAUGGUCCGAGAGGUGUGGGAAACGCAAUACCGCCGCCUACGGGGAGAACCUAGUGUUAUGACUGGCGACUCUGCGGCGAAGCGUCAGAGGAAGUACUAUAAUCCAUUCCAAGCGUACUGCGAGCGCACGCGCUCCGUAUCUGGAUCUGCCGCGGUGAAAGACGAGCUAGCCGACGCCGACCGCUUCGACGGGGAAGAUGACGAAGACGAGCUAGAACUAUGGCAGUCGUCAUGGGAGGACGGAGACGGCGAUGUCCGUGAUCCCUUGUCGUACUGGCACGAACGUAGGCGGCGAUAUCCUCGCCUGUCGCGAAUGGCGCUGGAUUUCUUGACGAUUCAGGCUAUGUCAGCGGAGUGUGAGAGGCUAUUUUCGGCAGCCGGGCGAAUGGUGACGCCGCUGCGAAGUCGACUUGAUGCUGAUAUGAUUGGAAUGUGCCAAGUGCUGCGGUCGUGGUUACGAGCUGGGGUGAUUGAUGAUCUGGAUGUAUUGCUUGUUCCUGUUGACCAGUGCAACGGUGAAGUUGAAGGAGAGUUAAUGGAUCUGGAUGAAGAGGAUGAAUGA